AUGGCCGGCGAAGACAAGCUGAAGCUGUUGGGUACGUGGGCGAGCCCCUGGGCUUCCAGGGUGAAACUCGCGCUCCACCUCAAAGGCUUGAGCUAUGAGAACGUCGAGCAGGACCUUCACCACAAGAGCGACCUCCUCCUCACAUCCAACCCGGUGCACAAGAAGGUGCCCGUGCUCAUCCACAACGGCAAGCCAAUCUGUGAGUCGGUCGUCAUUCUAGAGUACAUUGAUGAUGCCUAUGGUACCGAAGGACCAGUGCUCCUGCCCGUUGACCCCUAUGAGCGUGCCAUUGCUCGGUUCUGGGUAGACUACAUUGACAGCAAGCUGGUCAUCCCGUGGAAAGUGGCCUUCACAGCCAACAGAGAGGAGGAGAAAACUGAAGGGAUAAAGCAGAUGCUGGCGGGGGUGAAGACGCUAGAGGGUGCUCUGAAGGAAUGCCCCAACGGGAAGCCCUUUUUCGGUGGUGAUAGCGUUGGAUACGUGGACAUUGCACUGGGCGGUCUCUUGGCAUUUUUGCAGGGGACUGAAGAGCUAUGUGGUACCAAGCUCUUUGACAUCACCGACACCCCACUUCUGAUAGCGUGGGUGCAGAGCUUCAUCGCGCUGGACGCUGCAAAGGCGGCGCUGCCGGACGUCGACAAGUUGGUUGAGUUCGCAAAGAUUAGGCGGGCCCAAAUUGCUGCUUCUAUCAAGAACUGA